AUGGCAGAGCGGCUUUCCCCGGGAGGGACUGCGGACAGGGCCUGCGGCUUCUUCUUCAGAAAGCCGGGGCGGAAAGGGGUUGCGGGCCUCAGAAAGCGGUCGGCCUGCGACCCGGAGCCCGGAGAAAGCAGCAGCGGUAGUGACGAGGGCAGCUCUGUGGUUCGACCGGAGAGGAGGCGGGCGGCCCACAGCCCGGCGACCCGGGAGACCCGCGGCAGAGGUAACCAGAAGGCGGCGAAGGGCGACCCGAGGAGCGAGGACGAGGAGCGUGAGCUCGAGAGCCUCGGCCUGGCCUACAAGUCCACCCGCUCGGCAAAACCCGCGGGGCCGGAGGACAUGGGGGCCACAGCUGUCUGCCAGCUAGACACGGACAAGGAGCGGGACGCACAGGCCAUCUUCGAGCGCAGCCAGAAGAUCCAGGAGGAGCUGCGGGGCAAGGAGGAUGACAAGAUCUAUCGGGGAAUCAAUAAUUAUAAGAAAUAUGUGAAGCCCCAGGGUGCGUCUGUGGGCAACGCCUCCUCCGGGAUGAGGAGGAAGGGCCCCAUCCGAGCGCCCGAGCAUCUCCGUGCCACCGUGCGCUGGGAUUACCAGCCCGACACCUGUAAGGACUACAAGGAGACUGGCUCCUGUGGCUUCGGAGACAGCUGCAAAUUCCUCCAUGACCGUUCAGACUAUAAACCUGGGUGGCAGAUCGAACGUGAGCUUGAGGAGGGUCGCUAUGGUGUCUGCAAGGACGAAAACUAUGAAGUGGGCAGCCAGGACGAGGAAAUACCAUUCAAGUGUUUCAUCUGUCACCAGGCCUUCCAAAACCCAGUUGUCACCAAGUGCAGGCAUUAUUUCUGCAAAAACUGUGCACUGCAGCAUUUCCGCACCACCCCACGCUGCUAUAUCUGUGACCAGCAGACCAGUGGUAUCUUCAAUCCAGCUAAAGAAUUGGUUGCUAAACUGAAGAAGCAUCGAGCUGCAGCAGAGGGUGGUGUUUCCGAUUCCUCGGAAGACCUCGAUGAGGGUCCGAUUCCCAUUACUUAG